AUGGAAAAGUAUAGAAAAUACGCUGAUGCCGCUACUGGUAUUAAUCCUUUUGUGCUAUUGCAAACCCCAACCACACUUUCUGUAGUGGUUGCCGCAUUACUCUUCCCAUUUCGACUCACAGUGGCGUUUUUAAUUUCUUUGCUGUUACUUCUCUUGGAUGUAUUGGUAUAUAUCUUUUUUAUUAUACCCGGUUUAUCGUUUCUGUCAUUGCUUUUAUUUGCACCUUGUCAACGACUGUUAUUACGUUCACUUUUAUUGGCGCUUGGUAAUAUUUCUGUUGUGCGAGAAAUACCAAGAAUUGGUGGAGUAUCAUCAUCAUUAUCAUUAUCAUUAUCAUCAUCUGUAGGGAUGAAUAAGAAUUUAAGACUAAAGGCUGGUGAUGUUGUGAUUGCUAAUAUGCAAUCUGUGUGGGAUAUGUGUGUACUGGAGUUGAGUUUACAACUUCCACUCUCUAUAGUCGCCUUUUACAUUGGGAAUGCCGCAGAUGAAGGAAGAAGAAGGAGAAGAGGAGGAGGAGAUGAUAAGAAAGAAAGUGAUGAGAGUGUAUUGAAGGCAUUGGAACCAUCGCCACUGCAACGUUGGCGUGUUUGGUGGCAUAUUUACAAUACAGGUUCUCUGGAAUUCUUAAAGGCUGCCGUAGAUGGAAAUGAAAAUAAUAAUAAUAAUAAUAAUAAUAAUAAUAAAUGUAUAUUGGAUGUUUAUAAACUUCAACAAGAGCGGUGUUUGCGUCUUGGUGUGCCUCUUGUCCUCUUUGUGGAAGGGAGUUGUACAAAUGGUAGAGGAAUGCUACAUAUCCCAUCACUCAAUGUAAUAACUUCCUCAACAUUAUCAUCAUCAUCAUCAUCAACUAAUAAUAAUAAUAAUAAUAAUAAUAAUAAUAAUAAUAAUAAUAAUAGUUGUUUGUUUGUAUCUGCGAUAGAUUAUGAUACUACAUCCCUGCAUACCGUACUACGUCCACGUCAUGUACUCUCUUGUCUCUUUACAAUGAGUGCAUCUCUGCAUGGAAGUCGUGAUCCUGCUUGGUAUAGUCCACAGUUUCCAACCGCAACUGUACGUCUGGCCGCAUUAACAGAUAUUUCUACAAUAUCAACAACAAUAAUAAGAGAAAGAGAAAGAGAAGGAGAAAAGAAAGGAACAGUCAUGUUGGUAGAUGGGAUGAAAGUGUGUCAGGCGUUGUGUGCCGCAUCACGGUCUAGACGAGUGUUGAAUGUUGGACUUUUGGAGAAAUGUGGAUAUGUAGAAACGUACAUGCGACAGAUAAAUAAUGAAAAAUAA